AUGUUGGACUCUGAUGAGGGUGGCUUUCACCUUAGAGCUUGCUCUAAGUCUUCUUUCGCCGAGUCAGAAUUGGACCUCAUUCUGGCUAGGUGCAGAGACUUGAUCAUUCAGUUCCAAGGCGCAUUAUAUAAGAAAAUCCAAGAGUUGGAUCUCUUAACCUCAUCGGACAAGAACAUUUUGAGUACCUUGAAUGAGGAUAUGCCACCAGCAGAGCACGCUUUUGUUCACGAGCUCGUUGCUCAGCAAGCUAGGUUGACUCCUAACAACGAGGCUAUCUGCUCAUGGGAUGGAAGCCUUACAUACAAAGAGCUCGACCAGAAGGCGGUCGGCUUGGCCAAACACCUCAUCCAGUGUGGCGUAACUGUUAGGAGUUGGGUCCCUCUGCUGUUUCAAAAGUCAAAGUGGCAUAUCGUCUCAGUAUUGGCGGUGAUGAAAACUGGCGCCGCUUUCGUUUCGUUGGACGUCACGAUGCCAAUUGGCCGCAUUGCGAACAUACUGAAGCAGCUUGACAACAUACCUCUAGCUUUGACUUCGGCAGACCAACACCAGAAAUUUCACGGAAUUGUGGACUCAGUCGUUAUCUUUGACGAGAAGUUGACAACUAUAGAUGUUCCAGAGAUCAUUCUACCAACGCCUGGAGUUGAGAAUAGCAUUCGGUACGACCAGCCUGUCUAUAUUAUCUUCACAUCGGGCUCAACAGGUAUCCCAAAAGGAGCCAUGAUCGAACACAGCAAUCUCACUACCGAAAUAAAAGCACUUAACCAAGAACUCAAAUCCACUCCUGAUGUCCGCUCUUUUCAACUCAACAUGUUGAAUUUCGACUUCUGCAUCUCCGAAAUAUUCUGCCCGUUGCUCUGUGGAGGCUGCGUCUGUAUCCCUUCUGAGUGGUCCCGCUUCAACGACAUUCCAGGAGCUAUGGAGAGCUUGAAUGCAAACUUCAUCAGUCUUUCACCAACUCUUCUAUCAACAAUGUCCGUCAUGGAUUUUCCAAAGUUGAAAACUAUCUUGUUGUCAGGAGAACGGGUAUGGAAAGAUCUUUCAGAUUUGUGGAUGGAUGCCGGGAAGAGGGUACUGCAUAUGUACGGGCCAACGGAAUGCACAGUCGCGUGCUGCUUUCUGGAUACAUGUAUAAAAGCUCAUUACACUGGUCUCAUCGGAAAUCCUUACGCGAGCAAGUUCUGGAUUGUUGAUCCCCUCAAUAGCGAUAAACUGCAAUCAAUCGGAGCUCCAGGCGAAAUCUUAAUUGAGGGCCCAACUGUAGGCAGAGGUUAUCUCGGAGAUCCUGAGAGGACAAAGGAGAUUUUCAUCGCCCCGCCAGCGUGGUUCUCUAGUAUCUGCCAGCGAAGACCCUCUCGUUUCUACAAGACGGGAGACCUUGGUAAAUUGACCAAGCAUGGAGACUAUGAGAUCGUCGGCCGCAAAGACAGUCAGAUAAAAGUUCGUGGAUGGCGAGUCGAAGUUCUGGAGAUCGAACAUCAAAUGCGCUUAGCAAGUGGGUUUGGCGCAGCAAUCGAGGUACGCAAUCCAACACUGGCUCCUGGGCAGGACCAGCUCGUGGCAUUUCUGGAACUCCAGAAAGCUAGGGACCAUGAAAGUACCACGGCCGAUGUGGAUGUGCUAUGGGAAGAAAUGAAGUCCAACGAAACCAAAUUUUCGAAGAUGAUCGAGCAGGUAGAGAGUAGAUUGCGCGACGUCCUACCAACUUACAUGAUCCCUUCCGCUUACAUUCCAAUCCGAACUUUUCCAAUGACCAACAUCUUCAAGUUGAAUAGGAGGAAGUUGAAGGAAGUAGCAAACAAGCUGGACAUUUCAGCAAUUCGAAACUCGAUGUCUGGUAUACUGGAUAAGUGA